CUCCUGUCUCACCACCUCUCCUGUCUCACCUCCUCUCCUGUCUCACCUCCUCUGUCAGUCAGUGUGACGCGUCCACGGCCACUGCGGUUGUGUAGCAUGAGUGCCUGAGCUGAGGUCAUGUGAAGGAGCUGGUGUCAGUGGGCUUUUUAUGGCUCUUUAUUGUCUUGUAAUGUGUAGCUAGAAGCCUUCGAUCUAUCUCUCUAUCUAUCCAUCUUGUGCUCUCUCACACACAUACCCACACACCCAAUAUUAGUGCACUAUGCUAUAACUUAACACCCUCAGACAACCUAUUUUUCUCUCACGCUCUUUAUCCCAGGGGUGUCAAACUCUGGCCCGCAGGCCAAAUCUGCUCUAUCCCAUCAGUUGUGGAUAAAGGUGAAGAACUGAGGGGAGAGGCAGAGAUAGAGAGGCAGAGAGAGAGAGAGGCAGAGAGAGAGAGAGGCAGAGAGAGAGAGGCAGAGAGAAAGAGGCAGAGAGAGAGACUACAGUGAUUAAGGCUGACAGUGGGUGGAGCAGGGAGAAACCGAGCAGGAGGAAACAUUAGGAUUGGGAAAUCUUUGCAAAAUAUUAUUGUUUAUUUAGUCCUGUCGUCGUAACGGGAGGGUUAGGGGACAAGCAGCAUGUUAUUGCAGAUAUGUUUGUGUAAAUCCAGAAUCUUGAAACAAACUCUGAUUGGUUUAGGUCUGUAGGGCGGUGUGUGUUUUUUUUGGAUCUCCUAAGCAUCGAUGACUGUAAACACUGACUCAUCCAGACCAAUCACAGCAGACGAUCCCAGAGUGGCUCCUGACAUAGCUGCCAGAGAACUGGACCGACACUCGGGAGACUGUUGUCGAUGGGAUGACCUUUAACCUCCGACAACUGGGCAUGACUCUGGUGGACCAGCCCAAGGGGGAGGAGCUGUCGGCAGCAGCAGUCAAGAGGAUCGUUGCCACGGUGAAGGCCAGUGGGAAGAAGCCUCCCAAAGUGUCUCUGAAGGUGUCUCCCCAGGGCAUCGUCCUGCUCGACUGCCUGAGCAACCAGCUCCUGGAGAACAUCUCCAUAUACAGGAUAUCCUACUGUACGGCAGACAAGCUGCAUGACAAAGUGUUUGCCUACAUUACCCAGAACACCCUCAACGGAACCCUGGAGUGUCACGCCUACCUCUGCUCCAAGAGGAAAGUGGCCCAGGCUGUGACCCUAACAGUAGCCCAGGCCUUCAAAGUGGCAUUUGAGUUCUGGCAAGUGGCUAAAGAUGAGAAGGAGAAGAGAGUGAAGGGUGGCUCUACAGGGGAGGAAUCGAUCUCUGCCCAGAGGAGACCCACCAGUCUGACAGAUGUUGCCACGGGCAACCUGUUGGACUUUGAUGAUAACGUUGCCAUGGUAUUGGAAACCAACAACAUCGAGCAGCGUUCUCUGGACCACAGCCCCCCCGAGAAAAUCAACAACAACAACACUGUCUGGGAAAUGGAAGAUGGUUUGGAUGAAGCCUUCUCCAGACUGGCAGUGUCGCGUACUAACCCCCAGGUCCUGGACAUUGGGGUGACCCCCCAGGACUGGCUGACAGAACCUGACUGGGACAGCGCCAACGGCAACAGCUCCAUCAGGGACGACAGCUAUGUCUCCUGAGGACCGCAACACCGGAGAGGGGGAGGAGGGAGGGAGAGAGCUUCAAACAGACAGUGAGAGAGAGAGAGAGAGGUUACAAGAAUUCCUUGUUCCGGUAGUAGCUGCUAGGCAGAGCUCAUCCUCUCCCCAGUUCCAAACAGAUUCCCCAACCGACGCCAGGGCGCCCGUCUGACACCUGUCGUACCACCUGUCCGUACCUAUACCCUACUGGCUCUGUAACCCAGACCAUGUACAACCAGCUUCAUGUUAGUCAGCCUCCAUUACAUUUUUAUUGUUGACUAUUUUUUGUAAUUCUGUUGGUACAGAAGCCAUAAUCAGUGUUAUUUAGUUUCAUGUAUGUGCCCAGUAUAAUGUAUAGUUAGUUUUAUGGACUCGAACCAUGACAUGACUGAAUCAUGCUGGACCUAAAGUCAUUUCUUUCUCCUGUGUCGGGAGCAAACAUCUCCACAUGCCUUAACAAACUCAGACAGCCAGCUCUACUUGUCUGAUCUGUGAACACCAGCGCGGUCGGGACUGAAACCAGCUCAUGGAAGAGAUGCUUGUUUCAGGCCAGGAUCUUCUCUGUCACCUAGAUGUUUGGGGGUCAGGUGCUGACCUGACAAGCAGCUCCUCCAGUGUGGUGUGUUGAGGCUUCUCUCCUGACUAUACAUCUUGCCUGCCAUUCAACACUGUGUACCAGAUAAAACCAUUUAAAUAAAGUUACAUAUAAGAGAAA